CUACCACGACGACCACAACCACAUCAUCCCACAAUCACAUCAGCAACCAUGGCAUCCAACACCGACCUCCCUCUCUCAUCCGACAUAAAACUCAGUCAAACUCUGAAAGAACAACAAAAAGACUACGACUGCACACCAUGUCGAAUAAUGGGCUCCACCGCCUUCGUCGGCCUCGGCGCCUACACCUACUACUCCGGCAUGAAACAGCUCCGUGAACAAGAAUCCGUCAUCCUGAAAUCCGGAUCCCGAUUCAAAAUAUUCCCGCGCAAAGUCGCCAUUGUCGCAACGAGUGUGGUUUGUGCGGGACUGGGGAUGUAUAGGUUGGUGAAUUAAGGAGUAAGGAAAGAGGAUGGGGCUCAAAGAUAUGAGGAGGGACAGGAGAUCGCACGUAGGAUUGGAAGAUUGAAGCAAGCACCACAACCGCUGCGCGACGCGUCCGACUUCACAGCUCCAGGAUGGCUUGAUUGGA